CUCGGAAUAUUUUCGCUAAUAUAAUGCAUUACCUUUUCUGAUUGUUAGAACAAUUCUAAAUCCCUCUUCGAGAAGCGAACAAUAGCGAAACACAAAGCCUCGUGGUAGACGUAUUAUUCCAGGUUAUUUGUCGACACAGAAAGAUAGGAAUUCGAAUAACUUUGCUCACAAWUGAAAGGAAUGUAUGACAAUGAUCUCGGAACUCGAUAUGUUUGAUUGUCUUUGUCGAAGAGCGUCGCGUGAAUUAAACUGSUAGUUAAAACACCAGAACAGCUGGAAGCUAGAUUACUUUGCUGCCGUUUCGUCCAAGGUUUCUUCAAGUACAAAAUGAAGUCCUUCGGUCUCAAAUUAUAUGGCUCAGUGGCGUGGGGUCUUCAUUGCCCCAUCGACCAUUAAYCACAGAGCGCACCACCGAAGCAAAAGCCAACCAGAUAUCUCUCCCUCUAACCAGCCUCAGUACAAAUCCGAGCACUCACUCUACCCCCGGAGAGGUAGUUUUGGUGCAYUGUGUUCUCAGGCGGCCCCUAGUUUACCCUGUCUGUCAAAAGAGGUAACUUUAGAGUUUAGGCAAGUGAAAAGGAAAGGAGCAAAAAAGACUUCUAGGUACGCGAUCCUGUGCAAUCCGAUAUCAAUACCGUUUGAAAAAGAACAAAUUAAGUGUAACGCAACAAGUAACGCAACAAGUAACACAAGUUGUGACAAACCUCGAGAAAACGGAAAAGAUAACAAGGACCUCCCUUACGAAGAGAAGGGCAUUGACAUUACAGACGGCCCUUGCGCGCCGUUAACGAAAACAAAGUCAAAACAUAAAACAAACCCAGGAGCACUAGAAAAGGGUAACUUCUUUCCUGGGACAUCUGAAACGSUUUUUUCAGACGCUGAUAAAUUUCUUGAAGCUCCGCGGCUAGCAAAGGAAAAAGAGCGGGAAAAAGUACGAGUCAAGGUAAAAGCAAGCGAGCUUCCCGCUAAGAAACGAUUGACUUCUUGUGACAUUGUCGAGCCUGAGGUUUUUGAACAUUUUGCUGAUACUGAAAAACCCCUGGAAAAUCGAGUAGGAAACUUCGGCGAAAACAAUACCGAAUCGAGAAAACUAAUAACAGAAAAGAUCAUAGUUGAGGAAGAAAAAGACAACGUGAAAAGGAAACCGGAGCGCAUCUUUACAUUUCCAAAAGAAGAGGAGCUAUCUUUGGACAUAAAUCAAAACCGAAUCGAAAAAAGAAAUCAAAAGAAACAAAGAGCUAGUCCAAAUAACUUUGUCGAUAGAAAGCUAAAUUUAGAAACUGAAAAACCAUUUGAUGACAAGAAAUUUAGCACAGAAACAUUUGGAGAUCAGGUAAGAGAGAAGGAAUUCCAGUCACCCAGGAACGCAAGGAAAGACAAAACUCGCAACAGGAAACAAAGGCAAAAAGAUUAUAAUUUCGAGGAAGCAAGAAGUGAUACAAAAACCCCAACACCUGUGAAAGAAAACAACCUGAAUUGCAGUCGACAAGAGCUAUUUGAAACACCAAGAGGAGAAGUCGAAAAGUUUGAAAAAGAUGGUUUGAAAAGAAGACUGUUUGCUGAAGAACCAGAAAAARUAGUUCAAUUGCCUGUCAAACAAGGCGAGAGUGAGAGUUGUAAAARGGACGUUCCAGUCCAGAAUCAAAUACCUCAGAAUUUUCUGCAAUCGAAUUUAGAAGAAGAAGAAGAAGAAGGACGUGGAGGAGAAAUGGCUUCCCAAAGUGUCAAAGCAAAUAGAGAAUUAUGGGAAAGUAGGGAAAUGGUAAGAAAGUUGAAGGACAACUUGCUAAAUGAGCAGAAAAUAUCCGAGAAUAAAGAAAGAACGAUCCAGAAUUUGAAAAAAGAUAUAAAAACACUGGAAAAAGAAUUGAAUGAAAGAAAAAUAGUGAAUGAUAGUGAAUCUUUAAAUGUGGCAAAUGCAAAAGUUUUAUCCAUCGAGACAGAAAAUAGGAUCCUCGCUAACCAGGUAAAGAUGGUAGAAGAGGCGAACAAGAACCUGUACAAAGAGUUGUACGAGACAAAGACUAAACUGCGAUUCCAAGAAGGCAAAUGUGAAGACGCCAAUUCACAGAAUGCGCAAAUGAACCGACGYUUGCCACAAAUCCUGCAGUCCUCUCUUGACAAUWSURCUGGUUUCACCGUCUUCAUACAUCAAAUGGAAACAGAAAUGAUAUCUACUGAGUCUGCGCUAAGAAAAUUCAAAGCUCAGAGACAAGCACUUGAGGAUUUGCUCAAAGAGGAUCACGAAACACCAAAGACAAAUGCGAAGUUUCCUUUUUCCGCUGCAGAAAAGCCAAGAUUAUUUGACGAGCAGGUCAAAGACAUUCUGCGGUCACAGUUAGAAACAUCACUUGAUCUUCAGUUUGAAGACCCGAGUCAAAGACAGCUUCAUUGCGAUGAACAGAUCGAAAACUUGGAAGAUAUAAUGAAUGAGUGUCUUAAGAAGCAUAUGAAAACAGAAGCGGAUAAACUUUCCGAAAAACAGAAGAAAAUUGAUUUGGCAAGAGCUCAUGUCAAAGCUUUAAAACAAAUCGAGGAGAAGUUUGUUGAUGCGAAGAAAAAAAGUGAAGGGCUAAUCGCAUCAAAGAAAGCUGCAAUUGCCAAAGAAGUGAAAGAGAUUUCCAAUGAGCUCUCUGCAAUUCAGCUUGAAAAAAGACAAGGCAAAACGAAACAUMGCUCUACCAGGAAGAGUUCCAAUCCAGAAACGAGUCCUCAGGCUAUUCGUAAAAAUUCCUUGGAAGAAAUAUCCGAUAUUGAUCGUGUCAUACGUUCCAUAAAGUCAAAGUCCGAAGGAAAGGWUGAAAAUCUAUCUGAAAAUGAGAAGGAUAUUCUGUUUUUGAAUGAAAAGAUGUCCARGGCUUUGGAAGACAAGGUUCGGUUGUCUGAAGAGUUGAUGGAAUUGCAGACAAAUAUUGAGGUACUCGAAAGUAAAUAUGAUGAAAAACAGCGUGAAACCGAAAGAAUGGAAAACAAAUUGUCCUCAAAGAGGCAAGAAAUCAUGGACAUGGCUACAAACAUGGAGCAUGCCUUAAAAGAACUUCAAGAAAAGCAACGUUUGGAUAAUUUGUCUGAUGACAAUAUGGCAGGCGCUGAUGGCGAGGAGAAUAGUUCGCAGCAAUACAGUAAUCAGUAUCCGCCUCAAAAUUCUUAUAAAGAAGACGAAGUCAACGCUAUCAAAGAAGAACUAGUGCAGACAAUUUUAUUGCUUAAGAAUGAACAAACAGAAAGGCAGGAAGCACUCAAAAUGAACGAUGACUUGUUUGUGGAGCUCGAAAACAGAGAGCAAGAGAUUUCUAARCUGGUUUUGGAACUUGAGCACUAUAAAGAGAAGGAAAGACAAGAAUCUCUUGAGGAAAGACCAAGUAAGAUGCUUUCAGAGUUGUGGUUUUCGAUUMAUGAGACAAACAAAACCAAGGAAGAAAUGGAACAGCUACACAAGGAGCUCGAACAGGAAUUGAUUUUUAAAGACAAAGAAUUUGCAAAAUUGAAAGAGAAAUUGGAAARAGUUGGAGAAGAGUCCAAAAAGCAAGAGAUGCUGUUAGAAAACUACAAAGGUGAACUGAUGAAACUGCAACAGGGAAAACCGGACAAACAGGAAAAACUGGAAAAACUGGRRAAACUUGAAGUCUUGACAGACACWACUAAAGAACUGGAAAYMGGAGAUGAURUGAUAGCAGAGCUUCAAAGGGAAGUUCAUAUCCGGGAAAAAGAUAUUCAAAAGCUUGAAAAAGAYGUUGGUGACCUUCAGGAGAUUUUGAAGAAAGAAAUUGAAAGUGCUGAGGAUCAUAAAAGUAAAGCUUCUGAUUUAGAAGAUGUGGUACGCAAGGAAAURCAAGCAAAGGAAUAUGCAUACAAGAGGAUUAAGGACCUCGAGGAAGAGCUGCAGUUGAAGAAUACAAAGCUGAAUAAUUUAGCUUCUGUUAUUAGACCAAAAAAUGUUGCAGAGURUGAAAAAGAUGGAAAAGAAAAUAAACCAGAAUCUCCUACUACRAUUGCUCAACUGAGGGCAACGAUGCAACAGAUACAAGAUGAGAGGCAGAAGCUUGCAACUGAGGUGGAUAAUYUUGCCACUGCUUUGGAAGAUGAGGAAGAACCACRAAAGUCUGAGGCCUCGGCAACAAUGGCACCAGAGGAAACAAAAGAAGRUGCUGCAGAAGAGAAGCAAGAARYGGAAAGAGUGUCAGUCAAGGAAGAAAUCCAUGAACAAAUAGUUAAUGAGGUUCUAGMUGAGAGGGAAGAAUUGCUUGAAGAAAAAACUUUGAAUGAGUGUGAUGCUGGUGCUCAGAGGAUCAAGGAAGAUGGAAAGACGGUUGAUUCAGCAGGCAAGAAAAGUGACAAAGAGAAAGAGAAACCUCUUGAAGAAAAAGACAUAGAUGAAGAGAGGGAAGAAUUGUUUGAAGAAAAACCUUUGGAUGAGUGUGAUGCUGGUGCACAGAGUAUCAAGGAAGAUGGAAAGACGGUUGAUUCAGCAGGCAAGAAAAGUGACAAAGAGAAAGAGAAACCUCUCGAAGAAAAAGACAUAGAUGAAAAAGAUGAGGCAAUUCCUCAAGAUAAAAAACAAAAAGAAAACAAUAUAGUGAGAGAGCUACAAGACAUUAUCAAGCAUCUUGAACAAGAACUGAGGCAAACUAGAUCGGAAAACAUCCUUCUCGAGAACGAAGCAGCAGACAUCAUGGAUGAUGGAUGCCUCAAAAACGAAAACAKGGCCUUGCGCAAUCAAGUAAAUGAUUUGAACAUUGAGUUAUCGAUAGCACGUGCCGAUGAGCACGAUCUGCAACAAGAACUAAACAUCAGCGAAAAUAGAGCGAGAGAGCUAGAAGAAUCGGUAGAAAUGCUAGAGGCAUUGAGAGAUGAACUUCACCAUGCCAACGAAGAGUUGCGCUCAGAAAAAGGACUCCUUGAACAAGAAGUACACUUGAUGAGAAAGAAAGUUGAAAUUAUCGAAGAUGAAAUGAAGCUUCUGAAAGAUGAAAAAAUGGAGGCUAAAGAYUUACAAGACUCGGUGGAAAAGCUAGAAAAAUUGAGAGAAGAUCUCCACGCUGCUAACGAUGAGUUGCGCUCAGAAAAAGAAAUUCUUGAACAAGAAUUAAACUUGAUGAAAAAGAAAGUCGAAAUUCUUGAAGAUGAAACGAAUCUUCUAGAAGAUGAAAAAAUAGAUUUUGUGGACAACAAGUCUUUUCUCGAAGAAAACGUAGCACUUCAAACAGAAAUUUCUAAAAUUACUCUCCAGCUAGAGGUAAAUAAAGAAAACGUGAACCGCCUUGAAGGAGAACUCAAAAUCUCAGAGACCAAUGUAAAGGAGCUGGAAGUGAAAUUACAUAAAUUACAGAAAGAAAAAACUGGGUUAGAAAUGUUAGUCGAUGACUUGUCUUUCCAGAAUAAGAUGCAGGAAAAAGAAAUGAAUCUUUUGAAGAAGAAAGUUGCAGUUUACGAGGAUGAAAUUAAAUUGGUUGAACAAGAGUUGGUUAGAAAGUCUGAAGAUUUGAAAGAGAAGGAGGAAGAUUUACAGAAACUUUUUGAAGAUAAUGAGUCCAAAGUACAUGAGAAAGAAAAGCUUGAACAUGCGCUAAAAAACCAAGAAGAAACRAAUAAUGCUGAAGAAAAUCAGCUUAAAMACUUGGUCGAAAAGAACCUGGGACUACACUCACAAAUAAAGAAACUGAAGAUGGAUUCCACAGAGUCAAAGCACGAACAGCGAAGGUUAGAGAGAGAUUUGAAUGAGUUGAGAGACAGGCUACGAGAAGCCGACAAAAAAUUCAGCUCAACGAAAGACGAUAAAACGAGAACAGAAGAUGAACUUGGUGCAGCGAAGAAACGAAUGGGAUAUCUGGAAAAGGAGUUGAAUGACGCAAGAAAUGACAUCAAAGUAAAAAAUGAGACAAUUCGAAAACUUAACCAGAAGAAUUCGGAAAUUCAAGCUGCUUUGUCCGAGCGCGAGGAGGAACGCCAAAGGGAGGAAAGGCUGAGAAUGGAAAACAUGAAGUCUCUGGAUGCGCUGAAAAUAAAGAUGGAAAAAAUGGAAAAUGAUGACAAGAAGCAGAAAGAAAGGUUGUUUAGCCUGAAAUCUGCUUGUUCUGAAGCGAACGAAGCGUACGAAAUCGUCAAGAAGCAAAACUUGAAUCUACGAAAUGACAUGCAGCAACUGAAGAAGAAACUAGCCAGCAGAGACGUUGAAGUUGACAACAACAGGCGGGAAAAAGAGAAGCUAGAAGAACAGAUCUUGAACGUUUCUCGUACCAUUGAUGAUAUCCGUAAGUACAGUGCUAGAGACGAGAGUUUAUCUCCUGAUUCUGCGCUUGGGAUCUCUAUCAGCUCACUCACCGAUCUUGGAUCCGGACCCAAUAGCCCAUAUUCAGAUGUUUCGGACACUAUCUUUGUACCUGGAGACGAGGAAAUGAAGUUUAUGCCAAGAGACCAACAAGGUCUUUUAUGCAAGAUGCCGACCAUGAUCGAAAACUUCCGAGCCGUUGUCCGUGAGAAUGAAGUCAUGAAGUCAAAACUAGUUGAGAUGUUUAACAACAAGGAAAAGAUGAACUCCCAGUUGCAGUACUACUCGGGUCUUAGUGACGACCUUCAGAAAGAGGUCGGCGAAAAGGAAAAGUUUGUCAUCGAGCUACAACACAAGGCGAAUAUUUUGGAAGAAGCGUUGCAUGGAUCAAAAACAAAGCUUGGAAACGUUGAGAGAGAAUUUGCUGCAGUGGCUACCGAAGCAGAUCUGGUGAAAACAACUUUGCAGGUUCGUGAAGAAACUAUGGCUGAACUCAGAGACAAAGUUGAGCUCUUAGAGGAGAAAGAGAAGGCGUUGGAAUUGUAUUCAAAGUCGAUGGCAGAAAAAUACAAAAACGAAGCUACCCAGAAAGAAGAGGUUGAAAAUUUGAACCAAAGUUUACAUGACAAAACACAGGAACAGCAAAAACUAUUAAAGAAAUUAGAAAAGAAAUUGUCCGAGUAUUCUUCAAAGUCGAGAAGAGUUUCCGAGCCAGAAAUUAAAGCUUUCACAGCACCAGUAGUAGAAAAACCAAAGCAAUCAGAUGUUGCUAUGGUGACACUCGAAGGCAAGCUGGACGACAUCAUGAACUACAGCGAUGCGUUGGAGAACUCGUUGACAGGUGUUGAGAUGGGCUACCAUCGCUUGCAAGCUGAGAAUGAGAGGCUACGAAGAGAAAUGGUUAAAAAAGAAGACUAUGAGGAGCUAGAAAUGAAACUUAAAGAGCAAGAAAUGUCCUUCCACGAACAACAACAAGACAGAGAAAAGCAGAUCAGUGAGCUGGAAAAACAAAGAGAAGUUUUAGAAAAAGAAAACAAAGAAAACGAAGAGGCUAUUAUAAGUUUAACCGACCGAGAGAAAGAAUUAAUAGACGAGUUAAAAGCCUUGAAAGAGAGCUUUUUACCACUACAGCAAGCAAACGAUAUGAUGAAAACUGAAAUUGAAGCUCUGAAGGAAAGCGUGAAGCAAAACGAGGAAAAUCGAGUGAAAAUCGAAAUGGAUCUCAAAUCUACCAAAACAAAAAUGUGUGAGAUGGAAAUUACCAACGAGGCCUAUAAAGAGGAGAAUGACAGACUAAGGAAAGAUGUUAUUACUUUAUCAGAGGAAAAAUGCGAGGUUGAAUGCAAGGUUUCUGAGGCAGAAAGGCGUGAAAGGAAGUUGAAUGAGCUGAUUGACCAGGAACGAGCACAGCAUAAAGAACUGAGAGCUGAACACGAAUCUGCACUAAGCAUCUGCGAUGUGCUUCAAAAUGACUUGUCCAAAGCUAAGGACAACAUCAACAGCCUAGAAGCUGAGCAGGACAGGACACAAAAAGCUAAAAAUGAGAUGGAGCAAAAACUUAUGGAUCUUUCAAGUCAGAACAGUAGCGUAAGAGACGAGCUGAAUGCCGCCAAGAAGGAUCUGAACGAACUGGAAGAAAGGUACAAAAAAGCUGUUGAUGCUGAAGAAAUCUUGAAUCAGAGGUUAAGCAAGUCAUCUAUGGAGAACGCUAGACUUUCUACCGCUUAUGAUCAGAGUCAGAGAAGAAGAAACGAAGCUGAACGAAAUAUCCUUGAUGCUACUGCCAAAAACGACGACUUGGGCGUAGAUUUGGAGCGAGUACGCACCGAGAAAGCAAGCCUGCUGAAAGAAAUCGCGCAGAAGGAAGAAACCAUAGAAGGAAUGGAAGCAAAAAAGAGUGAGCUUGAACAAGAUGCUCAAAAACUCACCAACGAGUUGUACCUCAGUACAAGAAAAGUUCUCAGCCUACAGCUAAAUUUGGAAUCACUCCGAAACGAAGUCAGCCAAAUGGGCAAAGAUCUACGACGUCUGAUACUUGGCGCAGUAGGUCGCGAACCUCAAGAUGAAGCGGAGGAGAAGUCAAUGGAAGCUGAUCUGGAAAUGAAUCUUUUUGAGAAUGAAGUUGUUGUACAAGCUCUGAGGCAAGCUAUUAAGGCAACAGAGAAAAGCUUGGAUCAGAUUCGACCUGAAGCAAUGGUGUCUGAAGUUGAGAACAAAAACUGUGAAAAAGACAUCGACUGUGUUCAUAGAGAAUUUGCUUAUCUAAAGGUCCAACUGAACAGUUUUAAGAAUUUCUGUCAGAAGCUUAGUGAUGAGACGAAGAGACUGAAAGAAGACGUAAAAACUAAAGAGGCUCUUCUUCAAGAUGCAAGAGAACAGUACGAAGCAUUGAAAGAGGAGAAUGGCGAUAACAAAGAACGUAUCAUGGCAUUGCAAGCUAAGUGUACAGACCUGGAGGCACUGUCCGCUGAAUAUGAAGAGAAUGCAGAAACAGCACAUAAUGAACUCGUGCAAGCAAAUCAACAUAUUGUAACACUUGAAAGCAACAUUGCAAAACUGGAACAGAAGAAAAACACUUUGGAAAAGGAACGACUGGUCUUGCAAGAGAGAAUGAACAAUCUUGAAACAAAUCAAAGAGCGUCGAAGGACGAGAGUAGAAGUGACAAGAAAAGAAUCGCGUCUCUUGAAGUCGUGUACAACGAGAAGCAAGGCUUGGUUCGCGAUUUGGAGAUUUCUGAAGGAAACUUGGCGGAAUUGAGGAUGAAGUACGAUGAUGUGGUGAAGGAUAAGGAAGAGAUAAGAGCUGAGCUAGCAACAGUUAAGGAAGAGAUGAGGCAACAAGGAAUGGAACUGAAAAACAGCAAGAAAGACGCGACGAACUUCAAGAAGCACAUCAUAGUUGAAAGAGAAAUGAGAACGAGAGUCGAGCAAGAUUUGAAUGAGCAAGUGGAAGAGCUUAAGACUGCCAAGAGGAGUUUGAAUGCCCUGCAGCGUACACACGGGAAACUCGAAGAGGAGAAGGAGAUUUUGGAAGAGAAAGCCAAAUUACUUGAAGAAACUGCUCAAACGCUUAAAAAGGAGCUUGAAGUGCAGGGAGUUGAGUUAAAACGCCUACGAGAUUCUCUCACUGAUACCAGAAAUGAGCUUCAAAGUACAACACUCAGAUGUGACAAUAGCGAGAGGGAGAAGAAAAAACUGAUGGAAGAGUUCAUCCAUGCUGAAGAACAAGUCAAGAAACUACAAGAAACGUGCAAUGACUUGUUAAAUGAAAAAGGAUAUGCUACUGAUAAAGUCGUGUCUUUGAAUGAAGCUCUAGAAUCUAUGAUUCGUAGCCAUGACGACGCGAUUGAUCAUCUUAAACAAGACCUCAUGAACGCAAACAAGGAUUUAUCAGUGACUAAGAACUCGCUCGAGAGAAGCCAAAAACGCAACGAGGAGCUUCAACACGAAAUCAAAAACCAUGAAGACAAGAUCAAAUCUGUUGAAGAAAAGAAACAGGAGUUAUUUGAAAAAUUCUGGGCCACCCAGAACCAGCUGGGUGAGGCAGAAGGCUGUAUUGAUAACCUGGAGUCGGAGAUUAAAGAAUUAAAAAGAAAAGUUGCCAACCAAUUGAACAAGAUCGAGCAACUAGAAGACACGUCUCAGCGAGAACGAGAAGAGAGCGAGAAAGCGGUUGAAAACUUUAACGCAAAGAUUUCAAAGCUGAAAACUCAGAACCAAAAGUUGCUGCAAGAGAGGGAUAAUCUAAAGUCAGCGCUUGAUGAAUCUACCGAUGCCCUCCAAAGUACAUCACAGGAAUUGCAGCAGACUUCAAGUACAUUAACAGAAAAGGAAAAAGGCUCGAGCUAUCAGAUAGAAAAGCUUGAAAAUACCAUCGAUGAUCUGAGGAAGGUAUCUGAAGACCAACGUGUGGACUUGCGAAGAACGAAAGAAGCCUUGAAAGAUGCCAAUCGCGAGAACAAAGAUCUAAAAGAGAAAUUAAACACGACUGAAGAAAAGCUUGAAGUUUUGGAAUCUAGAGUCAAAGAACAGGAAAAUGAUAACGUAGAUGCUCUAGCAGAAGCUCAAGCUAAGCUGAACGUUGUUAGCAAGAUGAAAGCAUCAAACAGUGGGGAACGAUUCGCGGAAAUGCAAAGCAGUACUCUUCUAGCCGAACAUGAGACUGAUUUCGAUGGAGUCGAUGGACCGAAUGAAACAGGGUUUGGAGCAUCUAUCAAAGACGUAGUGGACGCUUUCCAUCUAGCCUGCAUGUCUUCGUUUAGCGACAACAGAUCUCUGCAAGAAAGUUUAGCUCAAACAAAUGACGAAAAUAACAGGCUCGAAGAAGCACUCAAGAAAGAUCGUAACAACUUGGCUGAGAUGAAGAGAUAUCUCCAAGAGACCGAGAAGAAAAAGACCAAACUUGAAGAAGAAGGAAAGCGCUUGAGACGACGACUUGAAACCUUGAAGCAAAAGGCCAUAGAAAUGGAGCGAAAUAAAGACGACGAACUGUGCGAGCUUAAAGGAGAGAAAAUGAUUUUGGAAAAAGAGCACUGGCAGCUUAAGGAGGAGUUUGAAGAACUCAAAGCCAAGAAUAAAGAGACGGAGGAAGAACGCGAUAGAUACGCUGAGGAUUCGAAUAACACACGUGUGCAGGUGAUUGAAGCGCGCAGCGAUAUUAAAAAGGCGCAGGGGCAUCUUGAUGCAAUGCAGGAGAAACAGCUCGAAACAAAGAAGAAGAUAUUUGAACUGGAAGCACGAGAGAAGGGCUUGCAACAACUGAUCCAAGAGAAGGAGAAGGAGCUCUGUGCAAGUAUAGCGAAGACGGAUGAACUAGAAAAGCUAUACGAGAACGCCAACCAGAAGAAGACAGACCUUUUCACUCAAGUUUCCAAAGCGGAAGACAAUAUUGGGAGCCUAGAAAAACAGCUUCAGGACAAUAACGAGAAACAGAAAGAACUCAAAGAAGAAGUGAGAGCUUUGAGCUCUAAAGUCAAUGAAUUGGAACAAACUCUUGAAGAAACAGAAAACGAUUUGAACAACAUCAAGGAAAAGAAUGAAGAGCUCGAGAUUCAACGUGGUAGCUUGUUAGCAAGCAACGAGAUCUUGAAACACCAGGUUGAGGUUUCUCGACGGGAAUACGAGACGCUGAAGGAUUCAUACGACACGAUUCAUGAAGAUACCGUAAACCUCUCAACCGUUCUGAGCCAAAAAUCUAUCGAGAAAGACAAUCUCGAUACAGAAUUCAAAUGCCUUGCACAAGAGAAAGAACGCUUGCAGGAAGCACUGAAUUCCUCAGAGACGCAACUCCGAGAAUCAGAGGAUAAUUUAGUCAAGUCAUUCCAGGAAACUGAGAAUCUAAAGCGCCAAAUGUUGAAGGUACAGAGUACUGCUUGCGCAGAAUCGGCCAAGCACCAAGGAGAAGCUGGAAAAAUGAAGUCAGAUCUAGAAUCAACGAAGAAAGAGUUGGUUGAGAAAGAAAGCGAUUACACCGAGAAAGUUGCAAAGCUCAAGGCCAUCGAAAAAGACAACGAAUCCCUUAAGAAAGAACUGAAUGAUCUGCGCAUGCGUGAAUCGGAAUUGAAACUCGACUACACGUCAGCUAAUAGUAAACUACAGAGUUAUGUCCUCGAGAGGGAAUGUUGGGAAAGAGAGGUCAAGACAGUGUUAAACGAAAUCGAGCAACAGAAGAGCGCCAACACUGCUAAGGAGCACAGGUUGGAUCGACUGCGCUUGCGCUACGAGCAAGAAAUUGGAUUCUUGAGCCAGCGAGUAUCGGCGUUGGAGCGCGAGCUUAAAAUGGUGCAAGAAGCCGCUGAACAGCAAAGACAUGCAGACGAUAUUGCUCACAGACUGAGUCUAGAAGCCAAGGACAUGGAAAUCGACAAUUUUAAGAUGCGUCUCCAAGCAACGCGACUUCACGCGAGUGACCGCAACACCGUCGUUGAUCAAAUGAAGAACCAACUAGACGAGAGGACGGCACAAAUCAACGAGCUUAUGGAACAGAUGAAGAUAUUGAAAGAUAGCUAUCAUCUGGAGCUGGCUAGUGUACAAGCAGAACUGAAGUGUUCACAGAUGGAGAAUCUAUUGAAACUCAAGAAAG